AUGGCCGAGAGCGGCCCGGGGGCGGCCGCGCCGCGGGACGAGCCCGCCGAGGAGACCGAGGGCGGCGGGCGGCGCUGGGGCGCCCAACACGCCGGGGCCCGCGAGCUGGCCGAGCUCUACUCGCCAGGAAAGAGACUACAAGAAUGGAUCUCUGUCAUCUUAUGCUUCUCUCUGAUCUGCUUCAAUUUUUACAAUCUCCUCUUGUACCUGCGGCUGGAGCACACGCCCUCGGUCCUCGUUGGGAUCUUUGCAGGAGUUAUUACAGCUGACUUCCUCUCAGGACUGUUCCACUGGGGAGCAGACACCUGGGGAUCUGUGGAGCUGCCCAUCGUUGGAAAGGCUUUCAUCAGACCCUUUAGGGAACACCAUAUUGACCCCACAGCCAUCACCAGGCACGAUUUCAUCGAGACCAAUGGAGACAACUGCUUCAUGACACUGGUCCCCUUGGCCAACAUGGCAUACAAAUUUGUGUCUUUUUCCCCGGAGGCCCUGUGUGAGACCUGUCCCUGGGAGUGCUACGUCUUUGCCCUCAUCAUCUUCAUCACCAUGACCAACCAGAUCCACAAGUGGUCGCACACGUACUUCGGGCUCCCGCGCUGGGUCGUGUUCCUGCAGGACUGGCACAUCAUCCUGCCCCGCAAGCACCACAGGAUCCACCACGUGUCCCCCCACGAGACCUAUUUCUGCAUCACCACGGGUUGGCUGAAUUAUCCAUUAGAGAAGAUAAGAUUUUGGAGAUGUUUGGAGAACAUCAUCCAAGGACUUACUGGUGAGAAGCCAAGAGCAGAUGAUAUGAAAUGGGCUCAGAAAAUCAAGUAACUUCUGCCAGCCUUCUGCAAUCCUUAACUUGUUGCCAAUGUUGUUUUUAAAAGAAAA